GUUAUCGUGAAGUUUUCCAAUCGAGAAUACGGAGCGUAAAUUUCUAUUUAAUUUAUUUCAAAUCGUCGUGUGCUUCAUCCGUGUUACAAAAGAAGUAAAGUGACGUUACUAGAACGUACAAACAUUUAGAACGUUGGAAGAGGAGGUAGAACUAAACGACGAUUGUUUUUGUCGAGUAAAAUUAUAUUGCAAGGAGGUUGUGAUUGUUCGAAAGUUUUUAGUGUAAAUCUGGACGAACUCGCGACUUGCUGCAUUGCAAACGACUAUUGUUUCCGAGAUAUCGGGGUUUUCGGGUCAAGGAAAUCAGCGUGAACACAGGCGAUUACGGGGAUUCGUUCGAUUUUCUAAUUUCCGGAAGCGUGUUCAUUAACGUAUUUCUAGAAUGGAUGAGUAUUUGCCGCGAGUGGUCCACCGGCUAGUAGUCGGACCACGAACGUCUCUAUCUACUUCGAGUUCGGCUAUUUAUGUACUUUCAACGAUCCGACAUUUCUUACUACAUACAGGGGAAUCGAAUGGGAUGGAUGCAUAAGUCCAAGUGCAAUAUGUGGAGAACAUUAUUUCAGUAUUACCGUACGUAGAAAAUCUUUAGAAUUAAUAAAUUGAGAAGAAUCGAAAGCAGAGCGAAUCGAAUAGGGAGACAAAUUUGUUUCGAUAAACGGUUGAGAAACAUUCUAUUACCGGAACAGUAGGAGUUUCGUUGUGCAAUUGUUCCGCCCUAAAGCGCGGUCGGCAGCUUCCAAAAUCGAGAGAGUCGCGUAGAAAUGGGAAAAAAGGGAAAGAACAGAAGCUGGUCGAAAUCCAAGCGGAAAGUGUUUCUCCGGGUGCACGAUGGAAACUCCGAUCACUGUUAAGCGGAUUUACGGUCGCACGUGCGGACGUUUUACGGGCACAACGGAGCAGAUAAUGACGUUAAGAGGAUCCAGGAGUUUGCGGUUGCCCAUGAACACCGUUCGGACGAAAAGUACGCGACCGUUACCUGGAGAUAUACAACGAGAGAGUAAGAGACCUUUUGAAGCCGUCUUCGAGUACAAGCGGAUUGAGAGUUCGCGAGCAUCCUCGACUGGGCCCUUACGUUCAAGGUUUGACCCAUCGCGUGGUCCGUACCCUGGGAUCGUUGAUGUCCUACGUGGAGGAAGGGACCAAAGCUAGGAAGACAGCGUCGACUUCGCAAAACCCGAACAGCAGUCGUAGCCACGCUCUGUUGACGAUCGCCGUUUCGCCAGAGACGCCGAGUAUCGCGGCCAACGCUGUUUAUUCCUCCAAGAAGAAGCCACGGAAGCCACGCGGUGGCAGCAAGCUAAGCUUGGUCGAUUUGGCGGGCAGCGAAAGCGCGGCCACGUGCAGCGGCGUUCAUCGACUGAAGGAGGGUGCGAAUAUAAACAAGAGUCUAGUGGCUCUAGGGAACGUAAUAUCAGCCCUUGCGGAGAGAGGCUCGGCCGGAAGUGGUCCAGGCAGGAGGUUCAUCCCUUAUAGAGAUUCUUCGCUUACUUGGCUGUUGAAGGACGCACUUGGCGGAAAUGCCACUACCAUUAUGCUCGCCACGAUAUCACCCGCCAGUAGAAGUUACAACGAAACCGCACACACGCUGCGGUUCGCGCAAAGGGCGCAGAGCGUGGUCAAUCGGCCGGUGGUCAACGAGGAUCCCGUGGCGAGGGUUAUUCGCGAGCUGAGGACCGAGGUGGCGAGGCUGAAGUUAUUGAUGCUGGAAAAGAACACCGAGGCGAACAGCAACGCGUCGUGUUCCUGUCGGAAGAAUCAUUCGAUAGCUCAGAUAGAUGCCCUCGAGGACGAAAGAUCGACAAAGGAGACAGAAACAAUAUCUUACGGGCAAUCCAAGCAGCGGAUCGUAGACUCUAGAUUCGAAGAACGUCCGUCAGAAAGGAACGUGGACGAAGAGUGGAGUUCGAGCAGCGUCGUUCCAGUUCGAAGAUCUAAUUCUACCGAGGAUAUUGUUGCAUGCGAGGCUGCUUUUUCCUUAAAACGGUUUGGUUCGUGCGAGUUCCUGGCAGCGAGAGACCGUUUCGCGAGUAAUUAUAAUCGUGCUAAGGUAACGGAAUUGAACGACGAGGGCGACGAGAUCGGCGAGAUCCACGAGUCCGUGUUCGUCGACAUCCCCACGCUGGUCGCGGUUCUGAUCAAGCCGGACGACAGCUUACAAGAUUCGUCGGCGCAAAUAGAAGAGAUCUGCUCGGACGAAGCGGUAGAAGACUCGAUCGAUGGUGAGUUUAUCGAAACCAGCAAUGAUCGAGGAGCGUUCGAAGACCCGGAUAAAUCGGAGAGCCCCGUGAAAUCUUGUCGCGAGACGUACGUUUACCAAGCCUCCGAAUUCUCCCACUUGAAAUCAGUCUCGAAUCUAAAAGAGAAACGAAAAUUCUGCAAACAAGACUCGGUGGACAUAGUUUCGUCGAACCUGCAGACAUCGAAGAAAUUCGGCUCGGUCGAGAUCAUCCAGAAGAAGAAGGAACCACUUUUCCCGUUGGAGAGGUCCCAUACGAAUUUGGAGAAACGUUCCAUAGCUCCGGAUAGGGUCAAGAAGCUGAACAAUAUCCGAGAGAUCGACGAUCGAAAUAAUAGCAGGAACGUCUGGAAAGGGAGCAAGGAACAGCUUCAGAGGAAAAGCAGCAACGACUCGGACAAGAGUCUGAAGGAAGCUGUCGGGCAGGUAGAAGCGAAAUCGAAGAAUUAUGCGAGAAAGACUAGCUUGGAAAACCUAAAACGGAAGACCAGCAAGGACAGCAGCUCGAGUAGUUCGAAAGACGAGCAAAUCUUGAUUUCGAGUUUUACGCGGGACAAACUGUUGCAGAGAAAGAAUUCUCUUGAGCAAGAAUUGCCGUCCACCAGGGCACACACGCCUAUACAGCGCGCCAAGCGAUCGGAAAUCGUGGCAGCGGUCACCCAGAGGCUCUACGCCAGCAGAAAAGCCGCCGAAGAUGCUUCCGGGGUACGAACUCCGCCGGAGGGAACUGAUGCCAAGUUCGUGGCGAAGAUGAAGCUCCAGGAGAUCUCGAAAAAGAUGCUGGGCAAACGGAGACGCGUUUGCGUGGACACGCAGACCGACGUCUCGCCCACUGUUCGAACAAAGGACACUGCAUCGUUGACCGAAACGCCUCUGGUGGUCCACCAGGACGUCGGAGUCCUGACCGACGACCACGAGGCUUGCCAGUCGUUCGACAAUAAAAAAACACCAGUACUUCGAGUGAAAGAGAUCGCCACCUUGACCGACAAGCCGAAAACGAGCAUCGUCCGAUGCAGAGACGUCGGCAGUCUGGCGAACGAUCUCGAGGAUCGCGAGUACGAGAUCUACUCUCCUCGUAACGAUUCGGAGAUUCUGUCCGACAAGAGACAAAACUACGCGGAGAGUAAUUUGUCCGAGCUUCGCCAGGAGACGGAUCGAAAACCGAUGCGCAUCGAAACCUCGACCAACACGAUCCGCUCGUCCUGCCGCAGCUUCGCGGUUCAGACGCCGUCGUCGCCGCCGCCACCGCGUCUUGACGCUUCAAACACGAAGAGCGAAGCUCUCGUUUGCUCGAGACAGUGCUGCAAUCCCGACAAAAGCGUUAUCUCUAUAUCGUUACCCGACACGAUCAGCAUCACGAUCGAGACCACGAACGUCUUGGAGUCGAGAAUAGCCCUGAUGGACAGCCCCGAUCGGGAGAAGUUUAAGUCCGACUCAAAGGACGGCGAGGUUCAAACGGACGAACCGAGCGAUCUUCGCAACGAGAUAUUCUGUCCGCGAGACCUGGCCAGAUCGGCGCUUGGUCAGACCGACAGAGUGUUUAGGAUCGAGAACAUCUUUCAGGACCCUAACAACGUAUCCAAGGGCUCGAAAGCGGACGUGGCCGCAAAUCGAACAGAGGGGACUAGAAUGAGGAAUUCCAUUACUCUGAGGAAUUCCCUCGGGACUUCGUACGUGUCUCAGUGUACGGAGGCCGGGGACGAUGGCUCGAUGCCGCGCGGACGUCACGGCGAAGGAUUUAUCAGGGACGGAUUAAUCACGGAGGCGUUCAUCACCAAGAAGCGUAGUUUUAAUUUCAGAAAAGUGCCCGGUGUUGCUGUUUACGACGACCCGUGGACCAGUUGGCUAACCCCUCGCCCUGUAAAUAAGAUCCGUUCUAUCCAAGUUAUGCCAGCGGUAGGUCUGUCUCUGUCUGGCUUUGAAAACGACGCGAUCAACGAUACAGGAACGUCAGAAAUUAAAACCUCCCCGUGCACCGUGUUAGAAACGAGUAACAACGCUGAACACGAUCACAGUUUCUCGGACGACAGUCUGGAUUACAACGAGAGCAACGCGUUCAACCAACCAACGCCCUCGAAAGAGAAGCAAGAGGAUUCUCACGAGCUGCGGGAGAGUCUGUGCCCCCCCGAUGUCGUGGCGCAUACAAAAAAAGAUAGUUCGAGAUCCUCGAGCACGGCCGACGUCGAAAACAUCGAAUCUGUCGGUGACAUCGACAGCAACCUCCACGUGAAAUUACCGAAAAAGAACCAGUCAGAGUCGAUGGAAGUCACGCAGAUACACGAUUACGAAUCCUCGAUGUUGACCAGACCAUGCUUCGAUUACCGAACCGUCGAUCAAGAGUCCCUUGCUUCGUCCAAUCGUGUAAAUAGCUCUGAUAAAAAGAAGGUGUCCUUCUCGAGUUUCAGCGUUCCCGGAAAGAGGCUAGUUCAAGCCGAAGAUUGCUCGAACCAGGAAUCACAGAUUAUAUUAAAGUCCAUUAUCAAGAAGAGGAAGAAGAGAAACUCGCCAGAGUCGUCGAGUACGGUCCAAUCAUCCAACGACGAGACCGACGAUUCUCAGCAAGAAGAGAGGAGCAGCUUGGCGUCUGAGAAGAAUUGGAAAGAGCAAAUACCGUCGAGCAACUUGGAGAAAACGUUGAAGGAAGGUCUGGGUUCGGAGGACUUUCGAAACGAGUCGAAACAGAAUCGCAAGAAAGUGAAAUUUUCCGUGGAGAAUACGUCCGAGAAUACCUGUAGUAGCGAAUCGGAGAGCUGCGAGAAUACGGAGGACGACGUGGCGAACGUUUCGUUCGACGGAGCAACGAGGAACAUCCUCGAGGAGUAUCUCAGCGAGGCGACGGCUUACAUACGGAAUUUGAACUCCAUCAAUGAGUACGUGAACGUCGCGGCCAUGCUCGAAAGGUACACCGCACCCAUGCCCGCUGACCGCAGCAAAAAACGAGGGCCCCGUCGAAGGAGUUACUCCACUGCCAGAAAUCGCGAUUACGUGGAAUUUGUAGGCCGUAGGGGUAGUUUAAAGAACGACACCGAUAUUUUUUCGAAGGAGACCGACGACGUAGCCAUUUCUACGGAGUCGUACGAGAAGUGCCUGAAGGGAAUUCAGAGGCUAGAGGGUUGUAUACGGAGAGUCGACAGGCACAACGAGCUGCUUCGAGAGAAAUACGGUGUCGAUUGGGAAUCUGCUGGCGCUAAACUGGGUUUAGCGAAUCCUAGCAUAGAUACUCGUACACCUACGGCGAGCAACGAGUUUCUGAUUUCUCGCGAAACGGACGUUCCCUUCGUUUCUAAAGACUUGGCCGGCUCGCGGCUCGUUGAUCUCUCGGACGGAGGUUUGGGUGAUGAAAAUGAUAUUUUUGAGAAUAGAAUUUUUCAUCGAUCGAUGAACGCGGCCAAUUCGACCCAUUAUCCAAGUUUCGGAAAGCUACCGAACCGCUUCUUCCAGCUGUCCGAUCUUAGGUCACAAAGUUCCGUCGGUUGUUCGGAAUUUCUGGAGAAGCACGAUCGUGCGACCAAGGUGCCAUUUUCUGGAGACGUUCAUGGAAGUUUCGAUCUCGACGAGAGUUCGCGAGACAACGACGAACCGCAAGACUUCACCAGGUACGAGAUCACGGGAAAUUUGUCGGUAGAGAGUGCUGUUGCAUCGACGAGAGGGAACGUUGACGAUGAUUUAGACUCGAUAGAGGAAGAUUAUUUACCUUUGAGAACAUUCGAUCGCGCCUCUUGGUUAGCCAAGCCGACAAAGACAAGCGGAUGCGACAAUUCUUUGAACAGUUUCUCUAAAAGGAGCUUGAAGAUCGACUCGGGAAUCGUUGACAGUUACUCGAUGAAAAGGCCGACUUUAAAGACUAAUUUUCCAGUGCAACGCGAUUGGAUCGACGGCACUCGAGAACGAUGGCACGAACUCGACGAUUAUUCGCGAAAAUUCAGAGACUGCGACUCGAAAGUGCGCGCGUGUUCGAACGAUCAGUCGAACGUCGAAAGCUCAAUAAACGAAAUCAUGUAUUUUAGGGACAAACUGAAACAACCGGGAAGCCCCAGAGCGCGAUUCCUGGAGCUUCUGAGAGAGAGACGACGGAUUGUCGAGAGUAGCAGAGGCACGAGUGUCUCUUGAACGUCGUUCCAAUCGUCUCCUCGAAUUGUAAAUUGUAUUUGUUACAUAUUUUUCUAUCGUGCAGGUUCUGCUAUACAAAUUAAUCCUUUUGCAAAUCAUAUUCACUCGUUGACUGACAAAAUGAUAUUGUAUUACUUUGCUCUCGAGUCACCCAUAAGAUAAAUUUUAUUUGUAAAAAGGUUAAUUUGGAGCGUGAAACCUGUACCACAUUGUAAAUAAUAGAGUCAGACUUUUGUAACGUUCGUCGAUGUAUUGGAAGACUUUAGUAAUCGUUUAGGACUUUGAAACUUAGACUUGCAAUACCGUUUCCCGAUAAGCUCUAUUUUUUAGAGCUCUUAACGUUUAUUGAUCUUCAUUCUUCCCAUCCUUCUGUAUCAGUCAUGUAACUCUCCCUGUUCUUAAUAUUAAAAGGCCUUCCUCGAAGUUGUGCAUUUUUUUUACUCUUCGGCGACACAAAUGUUCUCCUCGUAGUCUAUUAACGAAUGCAUAAAUCGAAGAGGAGUCGUCGAUCGACAGGUUGACCAGAGUUUCAAAUUAUCUGUAGGUCAGCGCGGUCCGCAACAGAGUCUGCUUAGAAUAACGAAUUGAUUAAAUAAACCUUCAUCGUUAUCAUGACCUUAAGCAAUAUCAGCGCGAAGUGCAAGGUCAUUUUCGAAGAAAGCAAAUUGCAGAACAUCGAACAACGACGAACGAGCCAAGGGGAACGCGACGAGUAGAAAACAUUUUCCAACGCGAUAAUUUCCUUUCGCUAUCGGAACCGUUCAAGUUCCAUCGGCCUAGUCAGGGUUAUCUUCGACGGCAGCGUUCCUUCGCAAUUGUUAUUUACGAGGGCCAGUCGAUUUUGGGCCGCCUCGGAGCGCAGUUCGCCGCCAAACAGACGAAACCAGAGCAGAACGCAGCUUACGCGAAGUCGAUCAUGGUUCGUUUGCGUUUACGGUUCGCGAUACGUCAAGGAAAGUUCGUCGAUCGAGCCGUGCACGAUCGUCGCCGUACGAGUUCGCGUCACGAGACACGCGAAAUUCACGAGACGUCGGCGAUCUCGUUCUGGUUCGUAAAAAUCUUUUCUCGUAAAUCAAAUAGCGUUGUCUUGAAAAAGAAAAAUGGGACAAAGACAUACGGCAUUCGCGACGAAUGCGACGACGGAAGAAUUAUGACA